GGGGGCAGCGUGGGACAGAAAAUGUCGGCAAAUAAACCUUAUAAGAGUCGUUUUGGAGUUUUAGAAAGGGAGCAGCCUUUAAUCAGGCCUGGGGGUCCCAGCCUUUCCUCUGGCUGAGUUACCACCAUCCCAGCGGUGAAGUUUCACCCUAACCCUGCUCCCAACCCCCUGGAAAGCAGCACUCAGAAGCUCCUCAAUCCCAAGAUAAAAACACCUGGCUGCCCAACCCGCUGGCACUUCAUUGAGAAAACGGCCGUUGAACGCUGCGCGGAGAACUCGUUUGCCCCAACCAAUCAGCCCCAGGACACCUGCAUUUGGCAGGAGCUGAGUUUUGCUGCGGAUCCGGCUGCGCGGCUGAGCUACAACCACCAGUGGCAUGGAGGUGGGCUGCGAGAGGUGCCAGUGCCGCGGUGAGGACAAGCAGACUGCCAUCCUCUACACUCUCCUCAGCCAGAACCUUGCCCGCCGCCCAGCCCACCGGCGCUGCCUCUGCCACCGGCGCCGCACCGUCUGCCUCCGCAGCCCACACCUCACCUGCCAGGCGGCCUCCAAUGUCCUGGGGAAAACCAUCAGCUUUAUGAAAAACCUGCCUUCCUUCCGCCUGCUGCCACGAGAAGAUCAACUCUUGCUGCUGGAGAGCUGCUGGGUCCCCCUUUUCCUCCUGGGACUGGUCCAGGAGAUGGUGACCUUCGAGGUGAUGGAGACUCCAGCUCCCAGCAUGCUCAAGAAGAUUCUCCUCGAUGGCCAAAGCCAACAGCAGGAGCCUGAGUGGACGCAGCCCACGCUGGCUGCCGUGCAGCGGCUCCAGUGUUGCCUGAACUCCUUUUGGAGCCUGGAUCUGAGUCCCAAGGAAUACGCCUACCUGAAGGGAGCCAUUCUCUUCAAUCCCGAUAUUUCUGGGCUCAGGGCCUCCCUGUACAUCGAGAGUCUCCAGCAGGAAGCACAGAGAGCGCUCCAGGAGGUCCUACAGCCCGAGGACCAGGGCCGGUUUGCCCGCAUUUUGCUGAUCACUUCCACCUUAAAAUCAAUCCCUCCUGCCCUGAUCACAGAUCUAUUCUUCCGACCUGUCAUCGGCAACGCGGACAUCGUCAAGCUCAUCACGGAAAUGCUGUACGAAAUAAACAGCGAGCAGCUGGCUCACGCGGCACAAAUCCACAUCCCGUGGAUGCUCCCCAUGCCUUGCCGGGCCGCACAGCCGAUGUGGAAGCAGGGAUUUAGCCAGAGAAAUGCUUUGGAAUCAUCGGAGAGCUGGUCCUUUUGGUAGGGCUGAGGCCAGAGGAUUCAGCCAGCCUCUGGCAGAAAUAUCUCUGCGUUAGCAGACGUUUAGAGCUGAUCCCACUCCGCCAGUGCUGGUCUCCAUUUCGGGAAGCGCGGCUGCAGGAUUUGAGUCAGAGCUGCUGUGCUGCCUGCGUGCAGACCUCAGGGCAGGUGGGGUUAGUGCCCAGCCUCAGUUUUGGCUCUUUGAAUCCUUAGUCCUGUUUAAAUCCAUGUGUGUUUCCCUGUUAGCUCCAAGUGCUGAGGUCUGUCCUCCACUAACAUGGCUCGACUCUGCCAUGUUCUGGUCCUCACUGGGAUUGCUUACCGUUGUGGAAUGAGCUCUGGGUGAAGCCUUGCUCUGUCUGCUCUGCUUGAAAUCUUGGAAAUAUCCAUGAAGGAUCUUCCCCAGGCACCAGGAAAAGCCAGAGUAUUAAACUCUGUACAGUGUGCAGGUUCCCCCCUCCUGCCUUUCCCUAGAUCCUAGGACAGGCUGAGAGAGGUGGGGUUGUUCAGCUUGGAG